ACCAGAGUUUUUAUCUUUGGAUAGCAGAUUUGUGUUCAUGUUGGAUACUGGUGUCAACAUAUAUAUCUGGGUGGGAAAGACAUCUAAAGCAGUCACCAAAACAAAGACAAGACUUAUAGCAGAGAAAAUUAAUAAGAAUGAAAGGAAAGGAAAAGCAGAGAUCCACAUGGAAGUUCAAGACAAGGAAUCAGCAGCGUUCUGGCGAGGAUUAGGGGGAGCUCCACCAAUGCCUAUAGUGGUUAGUACAGUAACUCAAACAUACCAAGGAGUCAGUGGUAGGGGGAGCUCCACAGAUUCUUAUAGUGGUUAGUACAGUAACUCAAACAUACCUAGGAAUCAGUGGU